AUGACACAGACUGUUAACGAGGCAGUUCAUUUCCGUAAUGAUGUCCUUAUUGGGACAAAUUCGGAAAUAGCUGCUAGCGAUAUUCUACAAGCGGAUAAAGUGGCGGAUUUGUUAGCCAAAUCUUUAAGGCCUAAUUCUUGUCCUUUAGACUGGAUUGUAAGACCAACUCCCGAGAUAAGAGCUUUGCUCUCAGAAGAUUGUAAUGAAAGCUCUUACAAGUUACAAGAUUGUAAUGAAGGUAAAGUCUUCCUCCGUGAAGAUAUUUAA